CUCACUCUCUUAGAGUAACCUUCCUUGCUAAGGUAUGCAGAUUGACUGAUCAAGGAAGUCUUGGUUUCGUGCGCCAAUUUAGCCAUGGACGCUUCCUCUUCUCUAACUCCAUCGACCCAAUCCGAUUCAACCCAACAAGAUGAACAGAUGGAUCUUUACUUGAAGAUUGUAAAAACAGUAUGUUUAAAUUUAAAGGGGUCUGAGACAAUUAAAACUUUAAAAGAGCUGAUUGAGGAGAAGGAAGGCAUUGGUGAAAAGAAUCAGGAUCUAUUCUUUGAUGGCAAUCUGCUCAGAGAUGGUCAAAGGCUAGUUGAUUGUGGUGUUCGGAAGAACUGCACUGUUCAUCUUAUUGUCCAAAAUCCUGUUACAAUCAAAUUAUUGGUCAAAAUACCAUCUGAUCCGAGAAUUAUCAUGGUGGAAGCAAAAACUUGUGAUACUAUCCACAAUGUCAAAUUGAUGAUUCAGUCAAAGGAGGGGAUUCUGUCAGAUAACUUCACUCUUGUCCAUGAUGGACAUCUACUCGAAGAUGAAAGUACUCUGGCCUCCCUCAAUAUACGGAGCAAUUCAAAUAUUCAUUUGGUCUUUUGUCAGAAAGAAGUGCUAUCUAUUUUUGUGAAAGCACCUAAUAAAGAUACCGUGCAACUCAGAGUUAAAGUUAUGUUUACUGUUGAUGAUAUCAAAGCGAUUUGUGGUAGCAUCAUUGGUGUUUCAGUCAGUGGGUGUAAUAUGUUUUGUGCCGCAAAACAGCUUGAGGGUUCCAAAACCCUGGCCUUUUAUGAUAUCAAAGAAGGAUCUCUGUUGGAGCUAUUACCUACUUCAAUGCAGAUAUUUGUUAAGACUUGGAUUGGAAAAACCCUAGCCCUUGAUGUGAAGGAACAUGAUACUGUGAAACAUAUCAAGCAACAGAUUUUUCAGAAGUUGAAGAUCCCCAUUGACAUUCAGAGUAUUGUUUAUGCUGGAAGACGGCUUGAGAAUGACUGGGAUCUGGCAAGUUAUGGCAUCCAGAGGCACUCUACUCUGCAUAUGGUAUUUGCUCCUAGUUCCACGCUUAUUGAGAUGCCGUUAACUGACCUUGGCUUUCAGUUACUGUCCACUACUGAUAUUCGGAGUUUAAAGUCUACGAUCCAAAAUAAAUUCUCUACCCCGGUGAAGGAAAUAUUGUUCAAGGGAAAAGCCUUGCAUGAUGACAAAACAUUGGCUUAUUACAAAAUUAAGAAUGAUUCAAAAUUGGCUGUGAUCUUUUGAGCAAUGUAAAUCCUAUGGUAUCUAUCUCUACCAGGUGAGCAUUAGAAUUCAGAGUCACCUACUGAACUUGUGUGAUGAGACUGUCUUGGGGGGAGGAUAAGUUAAUGAUUUGAAGCAUUAUUAAUUCCAAGUCCUUCGUCUCUGUGUUGCUUAAUUUGUGCUAUACUUCAUUUACAGCUGUUAGAAAUGCGGAAAUGCCAUUCUCCUGAGGUAGGCUAGGCACAACUUUCUGGCAUCGAGUUUUUUGUUCCUUGCAUCCUGUGCAAAUCAUGGUUUAAUAGUUAAAUUAAGUGUAAUCUUCUUAUACUCGAAUUAAAGGGUUUCUGCUGUGCAUUGUUGUUAUUGAAAUACAUAAA